CUGAACGGUAUUGGUGUGGAAGACAUGGAGAGACUAUAACUGCAACUCAUUCUCACAAACAUUGCAUUCAUAUUGCAUUGCAUUCAAGUGUUGGACACUUCAUGACACGAUUGGAUCCGUUUCAGUGACACUACCGUUCAAUCCGUUCAUUUCAUGAGUCUGUCGUUCAUGUGUUGAGCCAAACAUCACAACACUUGCUAUUUAUUGAAUCAACUCUCGACUCAAUUGAUCCCAAAAUGCUGAUAACGCUGAAGACAUUACAACAGCAGACCUUUAAGAUAGAGAUCGACCCGAACUCCACUGUAAAGGAGUUGAAGGAGAAGAUCCACAGCGAGAGAGGAAGCGAUUAUUGCAUCGAAUGGCAGAAACUGAUAUACGCCGGGAAAAUCCUGACGGAUGAGACUCCGCUGAAAGACUACGAAAUGGACGAAAAGAAGUUCGUUGUGGUGAUGAUCGCCAAACCCAAGCAACCGACCACUCCUUCCACGCCCACAGACACCACCUCAACG